AAAAAAACUUGUGUUUUGUAAAAAAAAAAAAAAAAAAAAAAUACAGUGUAAAUAUAUCAUCCAGGGGCGCAUCUGGUACUGAAACAAAACUAUGGGUUCUCCAGAAGGGGAACAAAAUAUCAAAAAUGGUCCUGUUGUAAAGCGUGGAUGUUGACAAAAAAAACAUGGAUUUUCUUGCUUUACAACAGGAUCCACCAUUUUUCAAAAAAUACAAUUUCCCUGAAGUAACCACGCAAAUAACUUGGUUUGUGAAUAUAGUAAUAAUAAAGUAUAAUAUUACGAUUUAAUUGCAUGUACCAUGGUUUGUUCGCUUGUUCUUUCUUUCCUUAUAUAAGACUUUGCAGCUAUCUUUUUUCCUUUCAGUUUUUUGCCCAUAAAUCCCCCCUUUGUAAGUGUACUUGGACCCAAGUAACCUUUCCCCCAAACUCUCCUGUGAAUGUCAGCAGCAAAUAUACGGCUCCCUGUUGGGUUAAUGAAUACUCUCACCGUCAAACGUCACUCUCUCGCUCUCUGUCGCUCUCUCACUCACUCUUUUUCACUCUCUCAUUCACUCUCUCUCCUCUCCAUUCCAAACACAAGUGAGUUCACACAGAACACGGUAAACAAAACUUCCUUGUUUUCCAAAGUCCGGUCAGCAGAGGAUGGUGGACAACGAUUUGUAUCGGCUUUACCAUGGUCUUAUGCUGCCUAAGAUUGCUCAUACAGAUGAAAGUCUUAACUACCUCCAGAAUUUCCAAGUCAAAGAUGAUGAUACUUUCGCCGUCACCUAUCCAAAAUCUGGUACCACAUGGAUGCAGGAAAUUCUUCCUCCACUCCUGAAUGGAGGAGACCUGACCUCAGUGCAAACCGUCCCCAACUGGGACAGGGUUCCAUGGCUGGAGGAAACCCGAGCUCCACUGGUUCUCGACAAACUCCCUUCACCGCGAGCCAUUGUCUCCCACAUGCCUUUUCAUUUGAUGCCUUCCUCCUUUUUCAACUCCAAGGCUAAGGUAAUCUACGUUGCUCGGAAUCCAAAAGAUGUUCUAGUCUCAUCUUUCCACUUUCAUAAAAUGGCAAGUUUCCUUGAAGACCCAGGAACAUUUGAGGAAUUCACAGACAAAUUCCUGUCAGGAAAAGUUCUUUUUGGGAAGUGGACAGACCAUGUGAAAAGUUGGCGAAACCCUGAGCUUGGGGACAGAAUUCUAUACAUCACCUAUGAAGAAAUGCUUCAGGACCUCCGUGAAGUCCUGGGGCGUAUUUUAAACUUUCUCGGUCGGGAGCUCAGAGAAGACGUUCUGGAUCGUGUGGUCAAUAACUGCACUUUCAAAAAUAUGAAAACAAACACCAUGUCAAACUACUCUCUGGUGCCAGAUGUCAUUUUGGACCAAAAGAAGUCAAACUUCCUCAGAAAAGGUAUCGCUGGAGAUUGGAGGAAUCACUUCAGCCCUGAGCUUGACGCCAAAUUCACAGCUGUAAUUCAGGAGGAAAUGAAAGGAAGUAACAUCAAAUUCUCGUGGGAUGAGGAAUGAGCGAAUCUCUUGUUUAAUUCCCCAUCAAGCAGCACAGUGUGAAAGAGUUAUUGCAGCAACAUCCUCUGGUGUCCUGAAGAUCUGUUGGGAUUGCUUAACAUGAUAAGAUGUUAAAGACAGUUAAACCAAUGUCGGUUUUUACAAGAUGCAACAUCCUGACAUCUGUUUGCAUUGCUUUUUGUCACUGGGUGAAGUUGCAAGCACUAACACAGUGAAAUGGAAUUAGUUGCAUUCACAUCUAAUUAAUGUAUUACUGCAAAAUAAUGAGAUUUAUCUUUGAGAAGGACUGUUAAAGGGACAGUUCACCCAAAAAUGAAAAUUAUCCCAUGAUUUACCCAUGACUACAUUUUAAAACAAACAAAAAAAAAUGCAUCCAUUAAUAAUC